UCUCCUACAUUUGUUAUUUCCUAGUAGACUAUCAACUUGAAUGAGUCCCACUCUUGUUUUGUGUUGGUGGACCCUCUCUUGGGGCAGUGUGCUACCAGAUGAGCACCUGAAUGAGCUGGGCAGAGUAGACAGAGGCACUGAUUGCAUGGACGGCUGAAUGCAGCAGCUGUGUGAUUUGUAUCCACACUGAGGAUGGAUGGUGGCAAUGGGAUUCAGUGCCCUGGGACUCAUGGCUCUCGGGCUGCUGGAAGGUCUCUAGACUCCUGGAGAGGCAGCCCAUUUCACUCAGGAAGAGGAACUGGGAUCAGGUAUUGAUUUGGGGUCAGAUGAAUGUGUACUUGUCAUUCCCAGCUGAAGAUUUGGCAUCUUCUGAAGGUGUGCCUUUUAAAAGCAUUUGUAAAGCUGAGCUGUUUAGUAUCUGAGGGUGAGGCUUCCUCCAAACUUUUAACAUCUGUCCUCUGUCGUCUUGGCUGCUCAGCAUCACUUGAGUACCAGACCUUGCUUUCUAUCAACACCUGGGCUCUGGGUCAGUUCUUAAUGAAAGCAAAGUAAUAUUCAUCUGCAGCUUUUGUUCUUUGGGACCAAUGCCAGUUCCACCUCUGUUUUUAGUACUGUGUAAAGCUGUAAGAUGUAAUUCUAAGGGGAGUUUUUCAUAUUUAGUCAGAGUGAGUGCAGUGGAGCUUGGAGAUGUCCUGCUGUACCUGCUGGAUUGCCUUUUAGUAGGAACUCAGUUCUGGUUGGACUCUGAAACAUCUGUUAGCAUCUCCACUGGUUGCCAGCACUGAGAGCUGCGAGCAGCAGUGCUAGACGAGUCAAGACACCUAAAAUGGGAAGAGGAUGAGGUACUGCUGUGCCUCUGUCACUGACAGUCAAGUGUGAGUGUAACUUCCUACAAGGUGCAGCAGAGCUGCACCAGUGUAUGUGGAGUCAGUGUGUGUGGGACAGCCCAGAGACUGCUUGUCCUGACAGAUUAGAAGUAAGGUCUGUGUGUUUCAGACACAGCUGUGCCAGCUUCGCGCCCCUUUGUCUCACUAAGCCUUUGGGAUGCUGCAGUGAAUAGCUGCAGAGGUGUUUGUUGUAAUGCAGUGGCUUGGGGAGAGGUGUGGAUGGACAGAAGCCAGCAUUCCUCUCCCUCCCUGCUCAGUGGGCCAGAUGAGGGCAGAAGAAAUGAUCCCUUCCUCGAAUUGCAAGCAGUGAGGUAAGACUUUUUUGAGUGGAGUUUAUCACUGGUAAGUUUUGUCAGCUCAGCUGAGGAUACGCUAUAAAAAUACACAUCAUCUCUGCUGCGCAGAUGUUUCCACUGUGGGCUUUUGAAGUAGACGCUUUAAUCAGAGUCUGUUCUUUGCCACCCUGUGCUCCACCCUGUGCAUGUGUCCACCCUUUCAUAGCUGCGCCCUUCAUUGCAUGGGAGUGUUCUCCAAUAAGUACUUGAAUUUCUUCCUUACAGUUGGGGAUGGCCCUCUUUAGAGCUGACUGGGAACAAUAAUUGUUUGACGUGCUUGGAAGGAAGAGAGCAGCCAAAACACCCCCCUACACCCCAUCUUCCAGGUCUUGGCAGGGGGCUGUGUGUUUGGAGUGCAUUUGGCAGAGUUUUGGUGUUCUGACUCAGCAGAUGAUAACAAAGGGAGGACGGCGAAGCGUUCCUUUAUUCCAUAAUCCUGUUUGCUUUUCUGGAAACGGGCUAUAGCCUCAGAAUCACUGACUCAAAUUUUGGAUCCUAUUCCCAUGACAAAGCGGCUGUCUGGUUUCAAACAAGCCCAUUAUAAAAAGGGUGCCUGGGACCUGCCUGUUUUGUAACAGCUCCUGACUUGACUCCAGCACUGGGAAGUUUGGUUGGAACAGAAAAUGUCCAGGGCUGGACCCAAGGUAAGCUUGUUUGCAGCCUAUACAUGUUAUAGACACGAGCCUGUUUCAUUGCGUGCAGUGGAAUGUCUGGGAUGAGUUAAGUCUAUGAAUGAGUGCAAAUCUCAUCUUUUCUCUGUGCCACGUUCAAGUGGUGUUUUGCAUAGAGGGAAAGAAAAGGUAAAGGAGACAAGGAAACAGCAUUUCCCACUUGAUCUGCACUAGAGAGGGGUCACUGCCCCUAUGCAGCUUUAUUAGAAAGCACUGGGUACUGCUAGGUAUUGCUUACAGUUGCUGCUUAUGAGUUUCCUUCUAACACUGCUGUUAGGUGGCCGAUGCUCUUUGAGUUUUGCAGUCAUGUAAGGAAGAUCUGCUGUGGCAAAUCUGUUAUCUGCCAGGUCACCUUCUAUGAAGACAAGAAUUUCCUGGGUCGUCGCUACGAGUGCAAUGCCGACUGCCCUGAUUUCCACACCUACCUGAACCGCUGCAACUCCAUCCGGGUGGAGGGAGGCACCUGGGUGGCCUAUGAGAGGCCCAACUAUUUGGGGAACAUGUAUGUGCUGAGGCGGGGGGAGUACCCUGAUUACCACCACUGGAUGGGCCUCAAUGACCGCCUCGGCUCCUGCAAAGCCGUCCACAUACCAAGUGGAGCCCAGGGCCACAUCCAGGUGUUUGAGAAGGGGGAUUUCGGUGGGCAGAUGUUUGAAGCCACUGAGGACUGCCCUUCCAUCCUGGAGGAGUGCCACUUCCGUGAAGUCCACGCCUGCCGGGUGCUGGAGGGCACCUGGGUGUUUUAUGAGCACCCCAACUAUCGGGGCAGGCAGUACCUGCUGCCCAAGGGCGAGUACCGGCAGCCAGUGGAAUGGGGGGCAGUGACCCCUGCUGUCCAGUCCUUCCGCAGCAUCUCUGAGUAAAUGGUGGGGAGCCGGGCCCCCAAUAAAGCACCUUGAGUCACUCAGAAGCUCUGUCCCGCUUCUUCCCCAUGUGUGAACCCGUUGGCCAGGUGCUGCCUUUGGGCAGAAUGCUCUCCACCAGCUCCUACUGCCUCCAGCUGUGGCAGUGGGCAGGGACUCUGGAGAAGGGGGUUGCUGGGCAUCCUGGCUGUAUUAGGUUGCUGCUUGGUGUGGGACGAGGGGGGCAGCUACCAAAAAUAGGGCAGUUAUAAGAAGAUAAAGGGAUUGGAUGUGGACAGAGACAGUGAAAACAUCUCAAAACUACCCUGAGAUUGCUGCUGAAUGUUCCCAAAGAGCAGCAGAGGGUGAGGAGGGGUCAGUCCCCAGGCCCUGAGCAGAAGGAGGUACCAGGCUCCCAGUCAUUCCAGUUUGGAACACCUGCUUUGCCCUGUGCCACUAGAUGUCAGACUGGUCGUGCCCGUGCAGGAAGCUGUGAUGCAAGGCGUUCCUCAUGGGGACUCCAGUCUGUUUGCAUGUGGAGCAGAGGGACUCCGGGCUAAUGAUGGCAGUGCAAGCAGAGCCCUUGCAGCCAUGCUCCCCAGUCUCCUUGGUUGAUGUAUGAGGUUAUUAUGGAGCAGGGAGGCAGGCAAAGUGAUGCUUGUCAACCUGCAGCCCCCGGGAGCACAGCUCCCUGCAAAGGGUGAUGCACGUCCCCAUCCUCCCCCAGUCCCUUCUUUGCUCUAUCACCUCUCUCCUUUCCUCUGAGGUUUAAUUCUGCCUCCUCAGACACUCGAGCAUUACCCAGCUCUUAGCAAUUGGGGUCGGUGCACAAACA